AUGUUUUCUCAAUCUCUGCCCCGUGCUGCCAUUAUGGCUACUCUUUGUCUCGUCGGCCUCGCGUCUGCUGUGAGAGAGUCUGGCGAUGCCAAUGCUGCUAUCAUCUCAGAGUCGAGCUCGACCACUUCCGCAAGGGCGCGCGAUACCAAUGUCAUCCGGCCGGACGAAAAGGUGAUGGUGCCUUGCGCUGGCCACAUCACUCAGUGUGGUGUUGAAGACAAGGCCAAGAUUAUCUAUGUACCAAGAUCCACUAAAACCAUCACGAAUGAGAUUGUCUCAACCUCGGUCGUGACGCUUCCAACGUCAACCAGGGUUAUUGAGAAAGUUACAAUUGAAACCGUCACCAGCGCAACCAAGGGCCACUGUCGUGAGACCCACUAUCUUCCUGGUGAACCUGUUGAGGUCACGGUCGAUCUCCUAAUUGUCACUACCGAGGAAAUCCAACCCACCACAGACACUGUCAAGUGGAUUACCAGCAAGGUUACCGAGAGUGCCAUCGAGCAAUGUUUCCUUCAGAGUUAUACUAUCCUCGGACGGGGUCCGAGAAUUGAUGGGGAUACUACAUGGCCAGCUGAGGCCGCAUCUACCCGCUCAAACGACGGUAUCAGCCCGGCCGCAUCUACACCUGCAGCAUCGGAUGAAAGCCGCCCUGCCGAUGAUCCUGCCCAGAGGCCUUUGGACACCGAAGAUGAGCGACCCGUAAUUGUCGCGGCAGAUGGAGAUAUGUCGGAGUAA